GCAGAAAAGCUCUAACCAAAGUCCUUUCUCUUUCUUUUUUUUUUGAAGGUGUGAGGCGUCCACCAGAUCUGGAGAAGACCAAUCACAGUGUCCAUUACACUCUCCUGAUUGCUUGUGUGUUGGUGGCCUUCGUUCUCGGCGCCUUCCUGUCUGGCUUCCUGGUCUCCUGCUAUUGCAACCACACAGGCCACAAGACCAAGAAGCUGUCCAAAGAUCCCGAGGCUCCGAUCCCACACGCCCUAUCUCUCCGCAGCCUCGCCAAGCUCAAUGGCCUCCUGGACAGCCAGAGCAAGGACGACAAGCUGGAGGUUUCAUCUCCAAAGAUCUACAACUCUUUCUUUGCAAACAGCAAGGAGCAUCAUCAACCCAGGAGAAAUGGCCAUCACGGGAUGACAAUGGACGACCUGGUCUACCAACAUCACCACCACCACCUCCACCAUUCAUCUGAGCUGUCUGGUCUGCCUACACCAGAUUCCACCCCAGAGCUGCCCAUAAAGAGCAUGAAAGCUUUCAAAAACCAGUGGGAGAAGAACCAGAAUUGUAACAAUGCCAAGGAGCCCAAGUCUCACAACAUAGGAUCCAGGCCCAGCUCAGCCCUGCUUCACCAGCAGAUCUUCCCAUACUCCCAUGGCCUGUCUAAUGGGCAGCCACUAGUCGGGGGUCAUCUCCACCCGGACGAACGCAAAAUCCACAAUGUAGAGCGUGUUUUAUCUCAGCAACCGUAUCCUGGUUACUCUCAGAAGGUGAUGGAGGUAACCUCGCUGGAUGAGCUCCUGAAGCACAUCCACGAGGCGAGCAGCAGCAAGAACUCCCAGUUAAUGAGUCCAUCCGGUCUGAUGGCCAGCGGUGGCGUAGGUCAUCUAGCAUUCUCCAACCGUAUCCAACCUCAGAUUCCUGAGACAGAAUCCGCUCCCUACUACAGCUCUUCUACCUUACCCAGAGACAGCCUCACCCGACGCAUGGACGUUCCUCCAGACAUUCCCCAGCAUCACCAGUCCACCCUGGAGAGGAGGCACUCGUCCCAGAGGCACUCCCUGAUUGCUGCCGCCACCAAGAUGCCCAAUGGUAGCGCAGGAGGAGGAGGAGGAAUGAUCCCUCGCCAACACAGCUUUAGCCAACGGAACGGUGGGCCACACCAACAGCCGCCCCUUCUGGCUCGAAUGAACUCAACAGGCAGCGCCUGCGAGGUCCACUACCCCCUCAUUCCCAACGGAUACCUGGCACGUCAGCACAGUUACAACGGAGACCAGCAAGAGGUCCAACAUAGGGGAGCGAUCGUCCGCCGGGCCUCCUCUCUUAAACCUGAUGUCCCUCCCAAGCCCCUGUUCAUACCUGCCACAUCCCCAGUCAACCAGCAGGGAAAGUUUAACUACUGAGGAGGCACACUCCUGGACUUAAAGAGGGAGUCUCCCUCAUUGUGUCUUCAUGAAGGAACUUUCCUUUAAAGACAACAUGCAAUGGGUUAGAGGAUGCAGACCCUUCCAAGAAAACACUACCAAUUGGGUGGCAGCCAGUGUCACUGUGGACAAAAGCCUCAACCAAACUUGUUUUUCCCUCUUCUUUUUGUCCAACGGAUAUCUUUGUACCAUAUUGGUAUUGCUCAGCUACUUGCUUAUUAUAGAACUGUUGACUUGGGUGACGUGAAGCCACCUCCUGAUAUAUUAGGCUGCCAAUGUCCUCAGUGUGGAUUUACAAUGCAACUUAGUUUUUGGGCACAUUGAUGUUGGAAAAAAAACUGAACACAUCAGUCAUCUUGAAGACUUUAAAACCGGAGGCUCCUGCAAUGCUUAGAUUCAUGCUUUUGCUUAACCUUUUCUGAUGUAGUGUUGGUAACCAGUCCCCACCCGCCCCACCCUCGAAUGUGUUUAUAUUAUGCAUGUGUGUGUAUAUAUAUGUGUGUUUAUAUUCACACCGUAUAUGUAUACAUAUACAUAUGCAGUAUAUGUAACCUGUGGUGAAAAGUCAGCAGAUUCCCCUGAAAGUAGUUAUGUCUUUGCCUUACUAUACUCUUUCAUCUUUGGGCAUAUCAAAUGAUCCCCUAAACACCCUGAGGAGUACCUCAGGGUCACCGCAUCAUGCACUUCAUCGGUUAACGCUCGUUGUCAGAAGGCUAAAACAGUGAACCAAAUUUGUUCAUGUUGUCAAGAGAGAGAGAAAAUUCUUCAACAAAGCAGCUAUCCUAGCCUUCUCUCUUUCUUUAUCCCGUCCCAGGAGACAUCAGGUUCAAAGAGACGCAGUCCAUUCAAAUUCCUCGAGAAUGUUUUUCUUCAGAUUGGUGCUCUACAAGUCCGUAGUGGGAUAGUCGUAAAAUUAAAAAAAAGAAAGAAGGUAUUCUCAUAAAUAUUUCGCACCCAAAGAGGAUGCACGCCGUGCUGUAUGGCUUCAUGGGAAAUGAACAAAAAAUAAAGAAAAGACCACGGUUAUUAUAAGGAUUAACUUUGUGGCUAUUGGGUGUAAAUAAAGGAAUAAUUACUAGCCAAAUUUUAACUGUAUGUGUAAAUGUGUGCCUUAUUUAAUAAUAGUAUGUGACAUGGGGGUAGGGGUAAAUGCAAGGGGCUCAGGUGGCGACUAAGCUACAGUAUAUUGUAGGUGUUUCAUUUUUUAUGGUCGUCCGUGUGUCAUACGGUAUCUUACUGUACAUCUGAAGAGUUUCAUUCCAGAAUGAGAUAUUUGUCAUUUUGAGAACUGCAGUUAUGAUUGUAACACUCACUAAUGAAUCAUACUUUGAGUUAUAUCUUUGACUAUAUUGAGCCUUUUUCGUUUUUUUUUGUACAAUAUGCCAUUUAAAAAAAAAAAAAGAUUAAACACGAAAUAUAUAUUUAGUUUUUUCAGGAUGGAUCCAGUGUUUUUGGAAUGAAACCCUUCAUUUCUUCUUCUCUGUUUUUCUUUUUCCCAAACGUGUGAGCCUACAGAUUGUGUUUGAUAGCGCAAGUACGUACAGCCUGAGACUGCAGACGUUCGGGUUUGAUGCCUCCAGUUUUACGUCACUUUCCACUGGGUGUCACUUUCCCUAUAGGUGCCAAUAUUUACUCUUAGUUUUUAUUUUUUUCGCUGUAGCUUCAGCUUGGCUUCCUUAAGGAGCAGCUUGCAGUUCCUCACACGUUAUGACCUACAGACUUGUAGCCUUUGUAGAAGUCCAUGGAGUAUGAAUAAUCAGCUAAAUGUCAUAUCAGAUUUUCUUUCCACCAUUUUGUUUUACUUUUAUAUAUAAGUCAGCAGAAUGAAGACAUGGACCACCAACCAUAGGCUGUACAUUAGAAGUAGACGAAGUCUCAUGUUACAUAGCUGGGCUUAAAUAUUUCAUUUUCAAUGUCCAGCAGGGGACGACUGCACUAGUUGCACAGAUAUAAUACUUCUUGUAUGGGAACAAAGAGAAAAUGACCCAACUUUUGAGUUAAUUAAUUACCAAAGUAAACAUUUUCAUGAUGAAUUAAGGGUCUUAUUAGUGUCGAGUGUUUCUAACUCUACUUGAUAUUCAGUUUCUAACCUGUAGUCUUAUAUUGAGAAAAAAAAAAAAAAAGACGAUUAAGCGGGGUAUGAUUAGACUGGGAUUGACCAGUUGUUACCAAGGCAACCUGUCAACCAGGUUAGAGCGUAUAGACUGUAUAAACAAAUGGACAGUGUGCCUCAGCCUCCUCCUGUUGAACAGGAUGAAGCCAAGGCCCCCAAUACCAAACCGGAGACUUCAAAAUAUUUGUCUCCAAACCACUGGGUGGGCUCAUGUGGUCUUUGUCCACUUCUUUAACAUGCAGUCUAUGAGUCGGACUUCUACAAAGGUUACGCUGUAGAGUUUAACGUACCUGUGUCACCAGGUGUCGAACCAAAUAGGAAGCGACAAGAGUGAAGGGAGUGUGUUGAGACAUUAAGAAGUGCAAUGACCUCUGACUUCCGAUGAGCUGAGAUUUUCUUCUUGGAUUGAUCCAAUCGUGGAAUCGGGGCUCCCAUCGCUGCCAAACAUCUGCUGAGGUAUUUCCCUCAGGGAUGGUGACGCCGUGCAGUCGGCCUCCGCCUUGGAAACAUCAGCGCUGAGACUUUCUCGCACCGUUCAGUCGAGUCAGCCGCAGCCGCGAUCAAUUCUGUAAAGACAACAGCUCUACACUAUUUACUGUAUCAGAAAGUGGUGUUUUAAAUUGAUUGAAAUUCCCCAGAGCUCAGCUGACCCCUUAUGAAGUUUGCUACUCAAACUCCAACUCUCGUAAAUAAAUGAAAACAGGGCCGACCGUAACGUUCGAUCAAGGGAAAGUUGAUUUGGAUUUUUAACAAGCAGCAGAGCGUUAAAUAGCUUUUGAGCUCCAAACAUAAAUUAUCCGACUUGAUGAAAGGUUGUGACCGUAAUGUUUCAUAAGAGGAAGUGUGGCAGCUACAGCGUCGGAGCAGACCUGUGUUGUUGUUUUUUUUUAUCUGCCGGUGACAGAUUGUAUUGGAGUGCAGCGGUCUCGCCUCUGUCGGCUCGAUCAGUAUUUGAUUUGGUGUAAAUACAUUCUAUCUGGGCGGGGUCUCAUUGAUUCAGUAUUAUGUUUUUAUUUUUAUUUUCUGUUUGAUUUCCAGGCUUUCGUCUUUUGAAUUACUAUGAAUUUGGUCUCACAGAAAUACCAUUGUAUGUCUCUUAUACUAGGAAUAAAAUGAGAAUAUGAUG